GAGGCUGGGCGCGCCGGAGCCCAAGGGGGCGGAGUGUAAACCUCGCCGCGGCCGCUCUGCUGCUACCUAUUCAUUCAGUCAGUCACCUAAAAUGGCUGGAGAGAGGAGAAGGUGGAGGAGGAGGAGGUGAGGAGCUCUCGGCCACCUUCGCCCGCCAGAGUCUCCUUUCUUCCGGAGGGCGAGCGUUUUGGAGCCAGCCGGACUUGCAUUGCGGAGCCGAAAUCUCUCUCCCCCCCCCCGCAUCGCUGCCCAGUUGGAGCGACGUAUAUUUAGAUGGUGCAGUCGUUCUCUCGCGCCCGCGCCUUCCCCCCUCUGAGCCAUGUCGACCGGCCAAGACGAGAGCGCCGUCCGGGUCGCCGUCAGAAUUAGACCUCAGCUAGCCAAAGAGAAGAUUGAAGGAUGUCACAUCUGUACAUCUGUCACACCUGGUGAACCUCAAGUGUUCCUGGGCAAAGAUAAGGCCUUCACUUUUGAUUAUAUGUUUGAUAUUGAAUCUCGGCAAGAGGAGAUCUACACACAGUGCAUAGAAAAACUGGUUGAAGGUUGUUUCGAAGGAUACAAUGCUACAGUGUUUGCUUAUGGUCAGACAGGUGCUGGUAAAACAUACACAAUGGGAACUGGAUUUGAUGUCAACAUAAUGGAAGAAGAACAGGGCAUUAUACCACGAGCUGUAAAACACCUUUAUAGAUGUAUUGAGGAAAAGAAACAUGCAGCUAUUAAACAAGGGUUUCCUCCUCCAGAAUGUAAAGUGAAUGCUCAGUUCUUAGAGCUUUACAAUGAAGAAGUACUUGAUCUCUUUGAUACAACACGUGACAUUGAUUCAAAGAACAAAAAGUCCAAUAUUAAAAUCCAUGAAGACUCAGCAGGUGGAAUAUACACAGUGGGAGUCACAACACGGAAUGUGAAUACAGAAUCAGAGAUGAUGCAGUGUUUGAAGCUGGGAGCUUUAUCUCGAACCACUGCCAGCACUCAGAUGAAUGUUCAGAGCUCACGUUCACACGCCAUCUUCACUAUCCAUUUGUGUCAGACUCGAGUUUGCUCCCCAAUUGAUGCAGACAAUAUGACAGACAAUAGAAUAAUAUCAGAGUCAUCGCAGCUGAAUGAAUUCGAGACCCUGACUGCAAAGUUUCACUUUGUAGAUCUGGCAGGGUCUGAACGAUUAAAGCGUACGGGAGCCACUGGAGAGAGGGCGAAAGAAGGCAUUUCUAUCAAUUGUGGACUAUUGGCAUUGGGCAAUGUGAUAAGUGCACUGGGAGAUAAGAGUAAGAAGGUGACCCAUGUCCCGUACAGAGAUUCAAAAUUAACACGACUGUUACAAGAUUCCCUUGGAGGAAACAGCCAAACAGUCAUGAUAGCAUGUGUAAGCCCUUCAGACAGAGAUUUUAUGGAAACACUGAACACUUUAAAGUAUGCAAAUCGGGCACGGAAUAUCAAGAACAAAGUGAUGGUUAAUCAGGACAGGGCUAGUCAGCAAAUAAAUGCACUGCGAAGUGAAAUUACUCGGCUUCAGAUGGAACUCAUGGAAUACAAAACGGGUAAAAGAAUUAUUGACGAGGAAGGUGUAGAAAGUAUUAAUGACAUGUUUCAUGAAAAUGCCAUGCUACAAACAGAAAACAACAACCUGCGGGUCAGGAUAAAGGCUAUGCAAGAGACUGUGGAUGGAUUGAGAGCUCGAAUCACACAGCUUGUGAGUGACCAGGCCAACCAGGUCCUUGCUAGAGCAGGAGAUGGUAAUGAAGAAAUCAGUAACAUGAUUCAUAACUACAUCAAGGAAAUUGAAGAUCUCAGGGCAAAACUACUGGAAAGUGAAGCAGUGAAUGAAAACCUUCGGCGCAACUUGUCAAGAGCUUCAGCGAGGUCAACAUACUUUGGUGGCCCCUCAGCAUUUUCUGCUUCCAUACUUCCUUCUGAUAAAGAAACAGCGGAGAUUCUUGAUCUAGCUAAAAAAGACUUAGAAAAACUGAAGAAAAAAGAAAAGAAGAAGAAAAAGAGGCUGCAGAAACUUGAGGAAAGCAGUCAAGAAGAAAGAAGUACCGUUAAAGAGGAGACCACAGAUAAUGAACAGGAGAAACAGGAAGAAAAGGGUAUUUCUGAAAGAGAGAAUCAAGAGCUAGAAACAGAAGAUGGUCAGGAUGUUAGCGAUCAUGAAAAUGAGGAUGAAGAAGAAGAAGAAGAAGAGGAUGACAUGGAAGUUGUUGAAAGCUCAGAUGAAUCAGAUUCUGAUUCUGAUGAGAAAGCACAUUAUCAGGCUGAUUUGGCAAACAUCACAUGUGAAAUUGCCAUAAAACAGAAGCUGAUAGAUGAAUUAGAGAAUAGCCAACGGCGACUUCAGACCUUGAAAAGGCAGUAUGAGGAAAAGCUUAUGAUGCUACAACACAAGAUUCGAGACACUCAACUUGAAAGAGAUCAGGUGCUUCAAAACCUGGGUUCGGUAGAAACAUGUUCAGAAGAAAAAGCAAAAAAGAUUAAAACAGAAUAUGAAAAGAAGCUCCAGUCAAUGAAUAAGGAACUGCAGAGGCUACAGGCUGCCCAGAAAGAACAUGCACGUUUACUUAAAAAUCAAUCUCAAUAUGAAAAACAAUUGAAAAAGUUGCAGCAGGAUGUGGCAGAGAUGAAGAAAACAAAGGUUCGCUUGAUGAAGCAAAUGAAGGAAGAACAAGAGAAAGCUAGGAUGAAUGAAUCUAGAAGAAAUAGAGAGAUUGCGCAGCUUAAAAAGGAGCAGCGAAAACGAGAGCAUCAGCUAAAACUUCUGGAGGCUCAGAAGAGGAAUCAAGAGGUUAUUCUGCGCCGCAGAACGGAAGAGGUUACCGCUCUUCGUCGUCAAGCCAGACCUAUGUCUGAUAAAGUGGCUGGGAGAACAAGUCGGAAGCUAAGUCUGCCUGAACAUUCUAAUCAAGAACCAAAUGUUAAUGUGCUUUCAGCAGACAAUGAUGGGUCACGUGCAGCAUCACAACAGAAGAUGAGAAUACCUGUAGCAAGGGUCCAAGCAUUGCCCGCAGCUACAGUCAAUGGUACCAGGAGUAAGUAUCAAAGAAAAGCAAUGACAUCAAGAAUUUAUACUUCCAAGGGAGCCAGAAUGAAGUGGCAGUUGCUUGAACGCAGAGUAACAGAGAUUAUUAUGCAGAAAAUGACCAUAUCCAAUAUGGAGACUGACAUGAACAGACUGCUUAAGCAACGUGAAGAACUUACCAAAAGGAAGGAAAAGCUUUCCAAACGGAGGGAGAGGGUCAUCAGAGAAGGUGGUCCAGAUAUAGAAAAAACCAUUCAGAAUAUCAAUGAAGAGAUGGAGUCACUGACUGCAAAUAUAGAUUACAUCAAUGACAGUAUUUCAGAUUGUCAGGCAAACAUUAUGCAGAUGGAGGAAGCAAAGGAGGAAGGAGAGACUAUCGAUGUCACUGCAGUGAUCAAUGCCUGUACCCUAACAGAAGCUCGAUAUUUACUUGAACAUUUCCUUACAAUGGGCAUUAAUAAGGGUCUCCAGGCAGCUCAAAAAGAAGCUCAGAUAAAAGUUCUGGAAGGACGCCUUAAGCAAACAGAAAUUACCAGUGCUACCCAGAACCAACUGUUGUUCCACAUGUUGAAAGAAAAGGCAGAAUUAAAUCCUGAACUUGAUGCAUUGCUGGGCCAUGCGUUGCAAGACCUAGAUAGCGUACCGUUGGAAAACGUGGAAGAUAGUACUGAUGAAGAUGCUCCUUUGAACAGUCCAGGAGCUGAAGGAAGUUCUUUGUCUUCCGACCUCAUGAAGCUUUGUGGUGAAGUGAAGCCUAAAAAUAAGGCACGCCGCAGGACCACAACCCAGAUGGAAUUGCUUUAUGCCGAUAGCAGUGACUUAACCUCCGAUAUCAGUACAGCAGACACAGCUUUGGCUGGCCCUCUUGCCUCUCUUGCAGAAGCUCAGGAAGGUGGAAUGAGUGUUGACAUGAAAGAGUCUCCUGCUAGGGAUAGAGAGGUCAUUCCCCCACAAACAGGCUUGCCUUCUAAGACUGGCAGCAUGUCUAGACAGUCAUCCCUGACAGAAAAGAAAAUUCCAGAACCCUCACCUGUAUCAAAGAGGAAAAGUUAUGAAAAAUCUCCAGAUAAGCCAAAGUCGAAGGAGCAAAAGCACUCAGAUUCUGGAACCUCAGAGGCUAGUCUCUCACCUCCUUCCUCCCCACCAGGCCGGCCCCGUAAUGAACUGAAUGUUUUUAGUCGUCUUACUGUUUCCCAGGGAAACACAUCAGUUCAGCAGGAUAAGUCUGAUGAAAGUGAUUCCUCUCUGUCGGAGGUACACAGAGGUAUCAUCAACCCAUUUUCAAAAUGUGUUCGAUCUUCCCCAAUUCAAUGUAUCCAUACUGCUGAAGGUCACACAAAGGCUGUGCUUUGUGUGGAUUGUACUGAUGAUCUGCUCUUCACUGGGUCAAAAGAUCGCACUUGUAAAGUGUGGAAUUUGGUAACUGGGCAAGAAAUAAUGUCUCUGGGUGGUCAUCCCAACAAUGUUGUAUCUAUAAAAUACUGUAAUUAUACCAGCCUGGUCUUCACAGUCUCAACGUCUUAUAUUAAGGUGUGGGACAUCCGUGAUUCUGCAAAGUGUAUUCGAACACUAACGUCUUCGGGCCAGGCGAUGCCUGGAGAUGCUUGCUCUGCAAGUGCCAACAGAACCGUGACAAUUCCACCCGGAGAGAACCAGAUAAAUCAGAUUGCCUUGAAUCCAACUGGCACUUUUCUCUAUGCAGCUGCAGGAAACGCAGUGAGGAUGUGGGACCUGAAGAGAUUUCAGUCUACAGGAAAACUAACUGGCCAUCUGGGCCCUGUUAUGUGCCUUACUGUGGACAGUAUUUCUAACGGGCAAGAUCUCAUCAUUACUGGAUCAAAAGACCAUUAUAUAAAGAUGUUUGAUGUAACUGAAGGAGCUCUUGGAACUGUAAGCCCCACACAUAACUUUGAACCUCCUCAUUAUGAUGGCAUUGAGGCUCUUACUAUUAUGGGAGACAAUCUUUUUAGCGGAUCCAGAGACAAUGGGAUUAAAAAAUGGGAUUUGGCUCAAAAAGAUUUGGUUCAGCAAGUUCCUAAUGCUCACAAGGAUUGGGUUUGUGCUCUUGGAUUAGUGCCCGGUUCCCCAGUGCUUCUCAGUGGGUGCCGUGGAGGGAUUCUGAAACUCUGGAAUGUGGAUACUUUUCUACCCAUAAGUGAACUGAAAGGGCAUGACAGCCCCAUCAAUGCCAUCUGCACCAACUCCAGCCAGAUAUUUACUGCAUCAGAUGAUCGAACAGUGAGAAUCUGGAAAGCUCCUGGCAGUCUCGAUGGACAGAUCUCAGAUCCUGGUGAUACCAGCGAAGAUGUUGCCAGUAAUUGAAACAAGAGUUGCAGCGCUGGACAUCUCUUGAGCUCCGGUGACCGGUUAUGCUCUCCCUGCCAGUUGAUUUGCAUUUUAGUAGGCAAAGGCUAGCAGCCUGGGGGGAGAAAAUGAAACCCUGGAAGGCACAGCUCAACGCUCCUGUUACAUGUCUUGUAUUCUGCUGACACUGCUGCCCUUAGGAACUGUACCUGUGUCCUGUAUUUAAAACAUUAGUCUGUUGUUUAUCUUUAUAUACUGUAGGUGUACACGCUUGUCUGACAUAUAAUGGCUCAAUUUGUGUGCCUAUGUAAGCCUUGUGAAUUUAACAAACUGGAAGUCUGUGGGCUUGAAUGGCCGUCUCAGAAACUAACCUUGAAUACUGGAAGUGCCCUACAUACCUCAUUCACUGACCCUUCUGUUCAGCCAAACCUCACUUCACAGUUGGUUGUAUGGAAUGUGCUGCUGUUAUUUAUAGUCUAAUUUCUCAGACCGUGAACAGAAGUGGACUGUCCAGGAAGGGGUGGGCAGUAGGAGGGGAGGAAACUAAGACGUUUGACUGCUGUAAGAAACAUUAGGAUGGGAGUCUCAGCAAACUGAGAUACUCCCCUGACAGUGUGAGGCUAACAGUGAAUGCCCCUGGGUUAAUGGUUAGCAUCUACUCUUCUCGACCAAAGGUGUGCAGCUAUGUCUACUCUGUGCUCAGGACUAGAACUAACAUGCUGUUGAAUUCUAAAAACUUUAUUAGCGCUUUGCCUGCCACAGUACAGUAUUCUUACAGAAAUGGCUUAAUCUAUUUUUCUGAAGGACCUGUUUCUAUCAUCUCCCGUGGUUGUUUUGUUUUGUUCUUUUUUAAAAAAGAAAUGAUGUGUCCUUUCUUUUAAUCUAAUUUCAUAUGCUGCUAAAUAUAUUUUAAAUAUGUUUGUGAACCUUGACGGUUAUCUAAAAGAACUGCACCAACUGUGUCAACAAAGGUUGUGUAAAUAAUACUUUGGUUGUAAAGCGAGAUAAUCGUAACCAUGUGCCUGUGUGAAUGUUUAAAGAUGCUGUAGUGUGUGGAUAUUGAGUGAGAAGGAUGUAUAAUUUAUCCAGCUUUUCAGGACAUUAAUUUGUAAAUUCAGCAAGUUUUAAAAGUUCAUAAUAGAAUCAGAAACAGUGUUUUAUUGUUCUGUUGGGUUUGCUUGCAGAGAAUAUAAGCUUGUAAAUGUAAAAGUUUGUGGAAAUUGAUGCUUAAAUUAAAAAAA